GGGUGCUUCCCUCCUCCUCCCCCCUUACUACUUAGUCAUUUUUAAAUAAAGAAAAGACCGUUUGGGUUUCCUACAUCCAAAACAUGCCAUGUACCCUAAGAACUUGGAUUGCAAACUUUUCCUUUUGGGUUCACCUCCUUAAUAUCCAGGGAUUGUGCUAUGCUAGGACUCCUCCACCCGGGAGAUUUGUCUUCCCAGACCAGAAGCAAGAUCAAUUUGUUAAAGCGCUGCAAGAUUAUCAAGUGGUUGGCCCAGAAAGAGUUGAUGGAGAUGGACGUUUUCUCUCCUACCAUUUACAUCUCCAUGCUUCAAACAUCAGAGAGAAAAGAGACUCCAGGAGAAGGGACAGUAAAGCAUAUUAUAAAAUUAGGCACAAAAACAAGGAUCUCUUCUUCGACUUAACUCUUCACCGAGAGCUACUGUCCAAUAAUUAUGUUCUGGAAAAGCGCUAUGGCAACUAUCUUGGUGCUAAGAUCACGCCAAGCGUAGCCACGUCAUGUCACCUUCUUGGGACGGUCAUGGAUUCUGACUCCAGGAGUGGAACAGCAGCGAUCAGUACUUGCAAUGGGCUAACUGGUUACUUCCACUUGCCUGAUGGAGACUACUUCAUUGAACCAGUGAAGAAAUAUGAAUCAAGAGAAGGGCCACACCCACAUCUAAUCUACAAGACAAAUGACAUCCAGAAGACUCUGCCAAAACAGUGGGACGCCUGGACAGAUAAGCAACGGAAUUGCGGGGUGAAUGAAACAUCAAACUUUUUCAAACAGCAAGAACUUCAAAGGAUGAAGUGGGAAAGGAACCGUGUGACGCCAAGAACAACCUACCGGCGUUCUGUCAGUAGAGAAAGAUGGGUGGAGACUUUGGUAGUUGCUGAUAGUAAAAUGAUUGAAUACCACGGAAGCGAAAAUGUGGAAUCCUAUAUCCUCACUAUCAUAAAUAUGGUGGCAGGAUUAUUCCAUGAUCCGAGCAUUGGCAACGCGAUCCAUAUUGUGCUUGUUCGGCUUAUUCUUCUUGAAGAAGAGGAGCAAGGGCUGAAAAUCACCCACCAUGCAGAUAAGACUUUAGCCAGCUUUUGCAAAUGGCAGAAGAGUAUCAACCCAAAAUUGGAUACAAACCCACUUCACCAUGAUGUAGCUGUACUUCUUACCAGAAAAGACAUUUGUGCUGGCAUGAAUCAACCCUGUGAAACCUUAGGCUUGUCCCAUCUCUCAGGAAUGUGUCAACCACAUCGGAGCUGUAACAUCAAUGAAGACUCUGGCCUACCUUUGGCCUUCACAAUUGCCCAUGAACUUGGACACAGUUUUGGCGUCCAGCAUGAUGGAAAAGAAAAUGACUGUGAACCAGUGGGAAGACGGCCAUACAUUAUGUCUCGGCAGCUACAGUAUGAUCCCACACCACUCACUUGGUCACGAUGCAGCAAGGAAUACAUCACCCGGUUCUUAGACCACGGAUGGGGCUUUUGCCUGGAUGAUGUUCCCAAGAAGGAAGAUCUAAAGCCACCAUUCAUUGCACCUGGAGUCAUUUAUGAUGUUCAUCACCAGUGUCAGUUACAGUAUGGACCCAAUGCAACGUUCUGCGAUCAAGUGGACAAUAUUUGCCAGACCUUGUGGUGCUUUGUGAAGGGUUCUUGCCGUUCCAAACUGGAUGCCGCAGCAGAUGGGACAAGAUGUGGGGAGAAUAAGUGGUGCUUCUCAGGUGAAUGCAUAACGGUGGGCAAGAGUCCUGAAGCAAUUAAUGGCGCAUGGGGAUCCUGGUCACCCUGGUCCCACUGUACUCGGACAUGUGGAGCUGGCAUACAGGCAGCUGAAAGAGACUGCAAUAACCCAGAGCCACAGUUUGGAGGGAAGUAUUGCACUGGGGAGAGAAAGCACUAUCGUAUGUGCAAUGUUAAAGGGUGCCAAAAGUCAACACCAAAUUUUCGUCAAAUGCAGUGCAGUGAGUUUGAUACAGUUGCCUACAAAAAUGAAUUCUACCAAUGGAUUCCAGUUUAUAAUACAGUUAAUCCAUGUGAGCUACAAUGCCGACCUACAAGCCACAAUUUUUCAGAGAAGAUGUUAGAUGCUGUAAUUGAUGGCACACCUUGCUUUGAAGGAAACAGCUUCAGAGACGUCUGCAUUAAUGGCAUGUGUAAGACUGUUGGCUGUGAUUAUGAAAUUAAUUCCAAUGCUACUGAAGAUCAGUGCGGAGUUUGCUUAGGAGAUGGAUCUUCUUGCCAAACAGUGAAGAUAACAUUCAAUCAGAGUGAAGGAUUAGGUUAUGUUGACAUUGGCCUGAUUCCCAAAGGCGCAAGGCACAUCAAAGUGGUUGAAGUGUCAGAAGCAGGCAAUUUCCUUGCGCUGCGAAGCGAAGAUCCUCAGAAGUAUUACCUCAACGGAGGGUUUAUUAUUCAGUGGAAUGGACAUUACGAAGUGGCGGGAACAAUAUUUCAGUAUGGGAGAAAAGGGGAUUUGGAAAACCUCACUGCUUCUGGGCCCACAAACGAAUCCUUGUGGCUGCAGCUCCUUUUUCAGGAAAACAACCCUGGAAUAAAAUAUGAAUACACUGUGCGCAAAAGCUCAAGCUUGGAAAAUGAAGUAGAGGAGCUGGAAUACGUUUGGAAACAUGGAAAGUGGACAAGUUGCAGUGUAACUUGUGGCAGUGGGUUUCAGAGACAGAUUGCCCACUGUGUGAAAAAGGGGAAGAGUAUGGUGAAAAACCUGUUUUGUGACCCAGAAACACAACCCAAGGCAAAACAGAAAAAAUGCAUUGAAAAAGAUUGUCCACCAAGAUGGUGGGCAGGGGAAUGGCAGAAGUGUUCCACCACCUGUGGCCCCACAGGAGAAAAGAAGCGCACUGUCCUUUGUAUCCAGACACUGGGAUUUGAUGAGCAGGCUCUGCCAGUGGAGGAAUGCCAACAUCUGCUAAAACCAAAGACUCGCCUCUCAUGUAAUAGGGAUGUCUUGUGCCCUUCUGACUGGACUGUAAGCAACUGGACUGAGUGUACAGUUACCUGUGGUGGAGGAGUACGCACUCGUUAUGUCACUUGUACAAAAAACAAUGGGGAACCAUGUGACGUUUCGAAGAAGCCCCAUUCUAAAGCGCUGUGUGGUUUACAGCAAUGCCUAUCCGCUCAACGAUUGCUGAUGACUCGUUUCAAGCUCCCUAAUGGAAAGAUUAUUAGAAGAAUAGGGGCUAUUCCCAGAAGAGGCCCUUCAAAAAAAUUGGCCACCCCAGAACCAUUGCCAAGAAUCUAUUCAACAACAAUACCCAGGCUCAGAAACCUUACUUUGGCGCCCACUUUUGUAAGCCUUGUAAAUUCUUCUCCAAAUGAAGACUUGGAAGUGAAAAAGUUGCAAAAUAGUUCCAUUCACUCAAGCCUACCCAGCAACUACUCCUGUGUAACUAGUGCCAAUAGGGCAUUGCAAAACAUCACUCAUGGACCUCUCGUAACCGCUUGGAACAUAUCUUCAGAAGGUAGCUCCAUAAACAAGGAUUCCUUUACCAUUGACCCCAUGUACAAUCCAAAGACUAAUUAUUUAAUGGAAGCAAAUGACACAGCACCCAACAGUACUGAGAGAGGACUAAAAGACUACACCCAGACUGAAAGACCAACAGAGAGGCUCCUCACAUUCACCACAAGCAAGAUCUCAGGGACCUCAUAUACAGAUGAUCGGUCAAAUAAUCUCAACCAAUUUUCUGCUACUCCCACAAGAGGAAUGGAGGUUUCAUUGGCAACCACAGGUCUCAAAGGCCUUCAUGUACAAAUAAAUCCACCUGUGACCUCAAACCCCAUUACAGAACAACCAACACUAGAGGAUACAUUAGAAGAAAAAUCUUCAUAUACAACCCCAUCCAAGCCCUCUUUCAGUGAAACCUCCCCUUGGGCUACAGAAAGUACAUUUGUGCAAUACACCACUAUGCCAAAGAAAAGGGCGAAUGUUUUCAAAACAAGGUUACUAAAUGACUCUGAUUCAGAAAACCCCCCAAACCUGCAUAUUAAUGCCUAUUGGUUGGUGGGAAACUGGACUGAGUGUUCUACCACAUGUGGUGUUGGGGCCUUUUGGAGAGCAAUAGAAUGCAACACCAAGAAUGAGUCUGACUGCCAGCACAUCAAAAAACCCGAUCCAGCCAGAAGAUGCUACCUUCGGCCAUGUGCUCAGUGGAGAAUAGGAAAUUGGAGCAAGUGCUCUUCCAGCUGUGGAGGGGGUUUCAAGACCCGCGAUGCGCAUUGCAUGGAUGUGCGAGAGAAGAGAACCCUGAGGCCGUUCCACUGCCAGGCUGUGCAAAGCCAGCCAGUGCUGAACAUGAGCUGUAACAUGGAUCCAUGCUUCAGGUGGCACACAGAAUCCUGGAAUGAGUGCUCAGCUUCAUGUGGAGGGGGCACUCAGAAAAGGCCCGUGCAGUGCAUCAGGGUGGACGACCAUGGAACCAAGGAGGAGAAUUGGUGCGAGCAGGAGACCAAGCCUCCAGAUUCUCAGAAAUGCAACCUACAAAAAUGUGUGAAAAAUAUUGGCUCACCCUGCAGCAAGGACAGACUGUCCGUGAACUUCUGCGAGAGGGUGCGAGAUAUUGGCAGAUGCUCUGCGCCUUCAGUGAGGAUUCAAUGCUGUCAAACGUGCAAAAGAUCUUUGGCUGCCAGCACAAUGGAGCGUGAGAAUUAAUCAAAUCCGAAUCGUCACCCAAAUAAAAACUGAACUUGCUAAGAUGGACUUUGGAAAUAAAGAAAAGUCUUCUACAAUUUCCAGCAUGAUCUAUGGACCUAUAAUUUAAACCUUCCCAGAGGCAAGGCAGCCUUUUCAAACAUUGGACUCAUUAUUUUUGUAUGUUCUAUAUAUUAUCCUUUUUUUUCUUUUCUGUACCUGUUGGCAGUUCCUUUAAUUUCAUUUUCCUUCUCUGGGUCGUUCCCGUCUCGAUCUUUCUGGCCCAGUUUAAAUAAGGUUUCCUUGCUUUAAUGAAUCAGUUUUUAUGUUGAUUCCGCAAGAAAGCUCUAUUGAAAGUAGAAAAAGAUUUUGAUAUAUCCAGGUAUGGGUCUUAUUCUAUAUUAAAACGGCUAGGUCAGGGGUCAGCA